AUGAAACAUAUUGUAAUAAUAAUUCUCGUCUCGUUUCUCCCUUCUAUUCUUGCCGCGUCUAACGCCACGGAGAAAGUUGUGAAAUGUCCGAAAGGGUUCAAAUUGUAUGAGAGAGUGCCGACGGACAGGAAUAAGAAUACCAAGUACUGGUGUAUGCAGGUAGUAGACAACGAGGACGUCUACGAUCGACCGACCGCUCGAUCCGUUUGCUUGGAUUACGACGCGGUGAUUACGACAGUGGAGAAUCAGAAGGAAUUAGAUGAUGUGAAUGCCCUAAUCCGAAAGAACAACAAACGAGUCGCCGUUGACGGUGUGUUCAAUCCGAAGUGUCGCGCUUUUGCCGACUGGCGGAUGAGAAAGUUUGGAGGGCUGUGUGCCAAGGAGAAGGAGCUAUUCGUACUUGAAGACGAUCACACCGAUCCGGCGUUCAUCUUCACAAAGUGGACUGGCGAGCCACCGACCGCUUCCGACAAGUAUAAGGAGAAGGGGGAUGAUACAGAAAUCUUCACCAUUGCUGAAUGCUUGUCACUUCAUAACUUGUUGGCAUUGGAGACAAAGGGAAACUUGAAAGACUUUUUGUGCGGAGAGGAGCCAGACAAGCAAGUCGGUGAGGUGCCAUUCUUUGGAGUACUUUGUGGAUGCCCGCCAGUUUGA